UACAAUAAAAUCGUUAAAAACUCAUAUAAUUCACUGCAUGUUCACCAAUAAGCUGGUCUUCAAGAUGUUGCUGUUUACUGUACUACUUGCGAACGUGGCUUUUGGAGCUGGCUAUUACUGCAACUUUGACAAACCAUGUGGCUCACAAAGAACUGAUGACAAUUUUGAUUGGACCAUAAGACGUUCUGCUACCCCUUCGAGUGGAACAGGACCAUCUAGAGGCGUCGGGCCGGAAAAAGGUUCUUACGCCUACAUCGAGGCAUCAAGCCCUCGUAGGCCGGGUGAUAAAGCCAAACUAGAGAUCAGGCCUCCUCUGGGAAAUGGUCCGACAUGUAUCUCGUUCUAUUAUCACAUGAAUGGGAAUGACAUUGGUGAACUGAUAGUAUAUGUGAACGGGCAGGAGCGGUUCAGAAAAACUGGUAGGCAAGGUGACACGUGGAGAAAGGCUGACUUGAAAGUUCAAGAAAGAGCUAACGUCGUUGGUUUUGAAGGUGUCCGCGGGAAGGGUUGGCAAGGCGACAUUGCCAUCGACGAGAUCAAAAUAGUCAACUGUGGGGGAGGUGGAGAAGGAGGAGGAGGAGGAGGAGGAGGUGGAGGAGGUGGAGGAGGUGGUGGUGGUGGAAGUGGUAAGCUGCUGAAUGACAUCCACAAUAAAUAUCAUAGCUAGGUUGAAUGUCACACAACUCCACUGAGUUUAAUGUGUCACCGUAGAACUCCGAAAGUAAG